UCACAAAGCUCUCAAAGUGUCAACGCACUCAAGAACAAAAUAUAGGCAGGAAGACGAGGGACGGGGUAACGUUAUAUCACGCGCUAUGUUCCGCGACUCGACUUGUGCAUAAUGCAGAGAUCACGUAAAGGUCGCAUGGAAAGAAGACCUACUUCUUCCUCUGCCCAAAGUUUCCAUUUUUAUCAACUUCCUCUGCUUUUUGAUUUGUGGGUUUUACUCAUUCUCUUCAGCUUAUUGAUCACUUGCACAGAUGGAUCUGAAGAGCUUUCAGUUGGAUUAUCAAAUUCGGAUGAAGUUAACCACGGAUUUUGUGAAAUAUCUGAUACUGCUGAUAAAAGUUGUAUUAAAGAAAGUGAUGCUUGCGAUCCAUCAGAAGCUUUAUUAUACUCUAAAGGUGAAGGUGCUGAGGCUAUUGGUUUAGUUGGUGGUGAGUCACAAACUGAUAGAGAAAGUUCUGUUUAUGCGCUACUUGGUGGUUGUAAUAAAGAACAUACUGAUUCGGCCAAUAAAGAGGAGCAUGUAGUUGAGAGUUCUGAAUCUGCUGUCAAACAUGAAAAUGAUGUCAAAAAAUCUGAUCUCUUAUCUCGGGCUGUGCCUCUUGGUCUUGAUGAGUUCAAGAGCAGGGCGAUCAGUUCUAAAGUUAAGUCAGGCACUGAUCAAUCUGGAAGUGUAAUACAUAGAUUGGAGCCUGGAGGUGCAGAAUACAAUUAUGCUUCGGCAUCAAAGGGUGCCAAAGUUUUAGGUUCCAAUAAAGAAGGGAAAGGUGCCUCUAAUAUCUUAAGCAGGGAUAAAGACAAGUAUCUUCGAAAUCCGUGUUCUGUGGAGGAUAAAUUUGUCAUCAUAGAACUUUCAGAAGAAACCUUGGUAGAUACUGUAGAAAUAGCUAAUUUUGAACACCACUCUUCCAAUUUGAAAGACUUUGAAAUCCAUGGAAGUCUGAACUUUCCAACAGAUGCUUGGGUUUUCCUUGGGAAUUUUACUGCCUCAAAUGUGAGGCAUGCUCAAAGGUUUGUUCUUAAAGAGCCAAAAUGGGUAAGAUACCUAAAGUUGAAUCUUCAAAGCCACUAUGGUUCAGAAUUUUAUUGCACACUAAGUGUUGUUGAAGUUUUUGGUGUGGAUGCCGUUGAGAGGAUGCUGGAGGAUUUAAUUAGUACUCAAGACAAUCUAUUUGCAUCUGGAGAAGGCAAUGAUGAUAAGAAGAUAGUAUCACCCCAUCCCGAUCCUGCUGAGAGUGAACAUGUUCAGCAAAACACUUUUGAGGGGAUGAAUUCCCACCCUGCUUCAGAUAUCCCUUCUUCCAAUCAUGAAACGGCAAACAGUAAUGUUCCUGCUCCAGUUGAAGAAAUCCGUCAACCAGUUGGCAGGAUGCCUGGGGAUACUGUUCUCAAGAUUCUAAUGCAGAAAGUCCGUACUCUAGACCUAAAUUUAAUUGUUUUGGAGCGGUAUAUGGAAGACCUAAACUCCAGAUAUGUCAAUAUUUUCAAAGAGUACAGCAAAGACAUAGAAGAAACAGAUGUAGUUCUUCAGAAGAUUAAAGAAGGCAUUAAGAAUCUCAUUGACCAGCAGGAUGUUAUAGCAAAAUAUGCUGGUGAUCUCAAUUCUUGGAAGUCUCAAGUUUCUUUGCAGUUGGAUCAUCUACUCCGGGACAAUGCUGUUUUGAGGUCCGAGGUUGAAAAGGUCCGGGAGAAGCAGGUUUCUUUGGAAAACAAGGGUGUGAUUGUGUUUCUAUUAUGUUGUAUUUUUUCAUUGAUUGCUUUGUUACGGCUAUCUUUGGAUAUGGCUAAGAAUGUUUAUAGAGCACUUAUGGUUGAUAGAACAGUUGACUCCAGGGAAUUUUGUGUGGGUAGAUCUUCCUGGUUUCUUCUAUUAUUGAGUUGUAUCAUUAUCAUUUUCAUAUUAACUUUUUGACAGUCCAUUUUUGAGAUAUCUUGUUAUCUUGUGUGAGUUGCAUAGUGAUGAAGUUGCUUCUUUUUAUAUUGA